UCGAUAAGUCCGCGGUCACACUGUUUCUGUAGCUUUGUAAAAUUUUUCCCGUUGAACGUGUCGGUUACGCGCUGGUUUUUAACGCAAUUUUUUAAAAGAAAAGGUGAUUUCAGAAAAACUCCCAUCAAAAUGGACUGUGGAACAUCUCUCGCCAAAUACAUACUCUUCAUAUUCAAUACCAUUGUGUCGGUCAUCGGCAUUCUGAGUAUUGUGUAUGGCGUGCUGAUCCUUAAGAGCAUUGGCACCAUUGAGGUGAAUGGACAGGUGGGCUUUCCCCCGCAGGCCCUCAUGCCGAUCAUCUUGAUCGGCAUCGGGUCGAUUGUCGUGUUCAUCUCGUUCCUGGGCUGCUGUGGAGCGAUACGCGAGUCGGUGUGCAUGACCAUGAGCUAUGCCGUCUUCCUGUUGAUCCUGCUGAUCGUGCAGCUGACCAUUGUGGUGCUGCUGUACACCAACAAGGACAAGUUCGAGGAAGCCAUGGGCAGGGUCGUCGACCAGGCCUGGGAGUCGCGUGAGGCCCGUGAGGGAGGUGUCUUUGAUGCUAUUCAGAAAUCGUUGAAAUGCUGCGGUCGUGCUUCAUCGGCCGAUUAUUUGAUCAAUCUGCAAGCACUGCCCGAUAGCUGCUGCGACGGAAGCUGCCUGAACCCGGCUAACAUCUAUGGAGGAUGCCGUGGCAAGUUCGUGGACUUUAUGUCUGUCAGCACUGACAACGCCAAGUAUGUGGCCAUCGGCCUGAUUGGAGUUGAGCUGGUUGGCUUCAUCUUCGCCUGCUGCUUGGCCAACAACGUGCGCAACUACAAGCGUCGGAAUGAAUACUAAGGCAAUGUGCAGCUCAGACGCAUCCGCAUCCGCACAACAUCCACAAAACACACACAAAAACACGCACACACAUUCUCAUUAACUCUUUAUCGUCGUUGAACACACACCUACUCACACACAGAAUUUGACAAAAUGAAGCCAAGGAGGAGAGAGAACACUUUGGAGUAAACCAUUUGGUUAAAAAUAAUUAAAUUAUGUGUCAAAAAAUGAUGGAGUAGACAAGAAAAAUGCUUAGUCUAAGGCGAUAUGAAACGCUUACAUUUUGUAUAUCCUAUGUAUUAUUGAAAUAAUUCGUAUAUUUGCGUACUGAAUGAGCAAGCGAUACAAUUCCCAAAGCCUUUGUACAAUCCACUCGAACUUGUUGAGCCGAAAUCCGAACGAGAACACCCCCAAUGGAGCUGGUGGUAGAGCCACGCUGAAACGUAACCAUAACCAUUUUAUUGUUUUUUUAACUGUUGAAAAAACCCCGCUCCAAAUGAAAUAUAACCUUUAUAUAAAGUUAUUAAAUAUACAAUACAUACAUAUAUGUACACUGUUCAUUCUAUUCAUAUUUGUAUAGUAGAAUCUCUGGAUAAGAUUUGAAUUUUUGUAAAAAUGCAUCAGGUCAGCGAGAACCUCGAACAUUUAUGAAUAAAGCAUUUACUAUGUA